AUGGCUCGCCUCCUCGCGCGAACCCUAACCCUAGGCCGCCCGGCCGCCCCGGGGUCCUCCCUGCAGCCCCACCGCGCCCUCUCAGACAAGGUGGAGCUGAUCGAGAUCGACCUCUCCGAGGAGUCCGCCUCCUCCACCUCAUCGGGCGACUCCGCGGAGGAGCCGAUGGGGAUGGGGCGCCUGAACGACGCCAUCCGCGGCGUCCUGGUGCGGCGGGCCGCUCCGGAGUGGCUCCCCUUCGUGCCCGGGGGGUCGUACUGGGUACCGCCCAUGCGGCGGCCGCUCGGGGUGUCCGAUCUCGUCGGCACCGUCGUCUACAACGCGAGGGCCGCCGUCGACGCGGCGGAGAUGGCGAGGGCCACCAUAGUUAAGGCCGCGAUGACCAAGGAGGAGGCCAUGUGCUUCACCACGCAGCGGGGAUGGCCGUCAGAGGCCUAUUUCGUCCAAGGUGAGGUCGAUGAGACUUGUUUCGAUUGCGAAAUGAUGAUGUGUUAUGGGUGCAUGGUCUUGGAGCUGAGCUGCCGCGUUUAA